GCCACGGCUCGGGGUCUCGUGAAUUCCAUUCGGAUUCCAUCGCUCCCCUUUCUCCCGUCGAGCGGCUCCCUCCCCUACCCAUGGCGUCCGCCUCUGCCCCCGCCCGUGGCGGCUGCAUUGAGGCGCGGCUUGUCGACCGCUGCAUCGACGCUGCGGCGGGCGGCGCGGCCACCGUCGAGGCCUGGCGCCGCCAGCGCCGCUCCCUGGAGCGCCUCCCCGCGCAGCUGGCCGACGCGCUCGUCCGCCGCCUCGCCGCCCGCCGCCUCCUCUUCCCUUCCCUCCUCGAGGUUUUCCAGCACUCGGUGGAGGAGGUCGACCUGAGUGGCCACAUCGCCGUCGAUGAGGAGUGGCUGGCUUACCUCGGUUCGUUCCGGUAUCUGAGGGUUCUGAAGCUGGCGGGUUGCAAGAACGUCACCAACUCUGCGGUCUGGGCGCUCUCCGGUAUGAGUACAUUGAAAGAAUUGGAUUUGUCAAGAUGCUCCAAGAUAUCUGACGCUGGCAUCAAACACAUUACUUCCAUUGAAAGCUUGGAGAGGCUCCAUGUAUCGCAAACUGGGUUGACUGACAAUGGAGUUGUGGCCAUUUCUUCACUAAAAAACCUACAUUUUUUAGAUUUGGGGGGAAUUCGUAUAACAGACAAAGCAUUUCAGUCUUUAAAGGUGUUGACACUACUUGAGCACCUUGAUAUAUGGGGCAGUGAAAUUACCAACAAGGGAGCUUCUGUUCUUAAUGCAUUUACAUCUUUGAGCUUCUUAAAUCUUUCUUGGACACGUGUGACAUGCUUGCCAAUUCUUCCAACCGUGAGGUCUCUAAAUAUGAGCAACUGCACAAUUCAUUCUAUUUGCAAUGGGGAUACCAACGUUCUUAUUCAUCUGGAAAAAUUUGUAAUCUCCGCAGCAUCAUUUGGCAACAUUGCUGAAGUUUUUUCAAGCAUCUUACCAAGUUCGUUGACAUACUUGGACAUGUCCAGUUGCUCUUUAAGCAACUUGUAUUGCUUGGAAAAUAUGAAGAAUCUAGAGCAUUUGGACCUUGGCUACAACAGAAUAACUAAUGAUGCAAUGGAAUAUAUUGCAGAUAUUGGAGUGAACCUGAAAUUUUUGAGCCUGAGUAAUACCGAAGUAAUUUCUCAAGCACUAUGUGUUCUGGCAGGAACAGUUCCAAGUCUGACAACCCUUUCUUUAGCUCAUACAAAAAUUGAUGAUUCUGCUUUAUUAUACAUAAGCAUGAUGCCUUCACUGAGAAUUUUGAACCUAAGUCACACGUGUAUCAAAGGUUUCAUGAUUGAAAACUCAGAGAAAAUAUUAUCUAUGUCUGCACUUGAAGAACUUAAACACCUGGAAAGCCUGAAUUUGGAUGGUACACAACUGACAGAUGAUGUUAUUCCUCCCUUAGCCUCCCUUAGAGCACUGAAAUACUUGUUCCUACAAAGUGAUUUCCUGUCUGAUCCUGCCUUGCAUGCACUGUCUUCUGCCUCAAAUUUGGUACAUCUUGGGUUCUGUGGGAAUAUAUUGUCCAGCUCUGGGCUUCUAAAGUUUGUCCCCCCUGCCACGCUUUGUGUGUUGGAUUUAAGUGGCUGCUGGAUCUUAACAGGAGAUGGAAUUUCAGCAUUUUGUAGGUGUCAUCCUUUGAUUGAAUUGAGGCAUGAACUUAUACAAGAACUUCAGAAAAAAUGUGGUGGUACCUCCCAACUUCGCAAGUCUAGGCAACCUCAACAGGUUAAAGCAAAAGUAGCAAAAGCAAAACUUGCUGAUAUCUGCUUUGUAGAUGAAAGAAUAAAGUACAGCAAGGAAGAAUUGAUGGAGCUGCAACACCUAGUUAAAUCAAAUUCUUUGAUGUAUGCUGUGCAGCUUCCACCAGAACUGCAAAGAUCAAUCUAACCAGCCGUUAGAAAAUAUGAAUGGAAGAAUGUUUCCGUCAGGUCGUCCAUCCAAUCAUGAGCUAUUUCCAUCUGGUCAAUAGCUCAAAACAUGGAUCUAAUUGUUGAUGCUUUGGGAUCCAUGGUGCUGUUUCAAGUUAGAUAAUCUUCAACCCUUGUAUGAAGUUUGUUCUGGUCCAUUGGUUUAAUCAAAUGAGUUCGCUCGGGUAAAGCGUGGUUAUUGAAA